UAAACCGCCAGAAUUACGUUAUCUCAUAAUUGCUUUCCUUCAAUCCUAGGCCACUCUUGCAACUCUCAAACACACUCCCAAAAUCUUGUUCUUCUUCUUUUCUUUUCAAAGUGUUAAUGCGAAAUGAGCAAGCAUUUACUAGAGACUCACAUACGAAUCCAACCACUUCCACCACGCUCACACACAUUUCUCUUUCCCACACAAUUACAAACUCUUCAGUCUAGAAAAUCCUUCACCACCAAGAAAAGCUCUUUUUGUCUCAGCUUGUGUAACAACAAGAAGAAUAGCUUCUUCUUCAGCCAUGUAAGCGUUGUCAGAAGCUCGGUGACUCGAGGAGUGAAUGAAGUGGAAGAAGAUAAGCAGCCUGUGGUGAAAAAGGCUUACCCUUUUCUCGAAAUCGAGCCCAAGUGGCAGCGUUAUUGGGAGGAGAAUCGAACUUUCCGAACCCCAGAUGAAAUUGAUACUUCCAAGCCUAAGUUCUAUGUUCUUGACAUGUUCCCAUAUCCCAGUGGAGCUGGUUUACACGUUGGCCAUCCACUGGGGUAUACUGCCACUGACAUUCUUGCUAGAUUCAAACGCAUGCGGGGUUAUAAUGUUUUGCAUCCAAUGGGAUGGGAUGCAUUUGGAUUGCCUGCAGAGCAAUAUGCAAUUCAGACCGGAACUCACCCAAAUAUCACAACAUUUAGGAAUAUCAACCGCUUUCGUUCUCAGCUUAAAUCAUUAGGGUUUUCAUAUGAUUGGGAUCGUGAAUUUUCUACAAUAGAACCAGAAUAUUAUAAAUGGACACAGUGGAUCUUUCUUCAGUUGUUAAAGAGAGGAUUGGCAUAUCAGGCUGAAGUGCCAGUCAAUUGGUGUCCUGCUCUUGGCACUGUCUUGGCAAAUGAAGAGGUGAUAGAUGGUGUUAGUGAACGGGGGGGUCAUCCAGUUAUAAGAAAGCCAAUGAGGCAAUGGAUGCUCAAGAUUACUGCAUAUGCUGAUCGUCUUCUUGAAGAUUUAGAUGACUUAGACUGGCCUGAAAGUGUAAAGGACAUGCAAAGAAAUUGGAUAGGGAGGUCUGAAGGGGCCGAGAUGGAAUUUUAUGUUCUUGACAGUGAUGGACAGGAAAGAAAUCUAAAGAUUACAGUUUUUACUACAAGGCCUGAUACCAUAUUUGGGGCUACCUACUUAGUUGUGGCACCGGAGCAUACUUUGUUGCCAUCACUGGUAUCCAUGGCCCAGAGCAAAUAUGUGAAGGAAUAUAUAGAUCUGGCCUCAAGGAAGAGUGACCUUGAAAGGACUGAACUUCAGAAGGAAAAAACUGGGGUUUUUAGUGGUUGUUAUGCAAGAAAUCCUGCUAAUGGGGAAGCUAUUCCUAUAUGGGUUGCUGAUUAUGUCCUUGGGAGUUAUGGAACAGGAGCAAUUAUGGCUGUACCUGCUCAUGACACUCGUGACUAUGAGUUUGCUUUGAAGUAUGACAUUCCAAUUCGUUGGGUUGUGACACCAGAGGAUAAAAGUCUCACUGAUUCUAGAUCUGCUUUUCCGGGUCAAGGCCUGAUUAUAAAUUCAUCAAAUUCAAUGUUGGGGCUUGACAUUAAUGGCUUGUCCAGCAAAGAAGCUGCUUCUAAAGUCAUUGAGUGGGCUGAUAAAACUGGAAAUGGGAAGAAAAAGGUAAACUACAAGUUGAGGGACUGGCUUUUUGCUCGGCAACGUUAUUGGGGGGAACCUAUCCCAGUCAUUUUCUUGGAUGAAACUGGUGAGACUAUUCCACUUCCUGAAACUGAACUGCCUCUUACCCUACCAGAAUUGGAUGAUUUCACUCCCACCGGAACAGGCGAACCACCACUAUCAAAAGCAGUGUCUUGGGUAAAAACAAUGGAUCCUUCAUCUGGAAAACCUGCUACACGAGAAACAAGCACCAUGCCACAAUGGGCUGGUUCUUGUUGGUACUAUUUGAGAUUUAUGGAUCCUAGUAAUUCAAAAGAAUUGGUGGAUAAAGAAAAAGAAAGGUAUUGGAGCCCUGUUGAUGUGUAUGUUGGUGGCGCUGAACAUGCAGUUCUUCAUUUACUUUAUUCCAGGUUCUGGCACAAGGUUCUCUAUGACAUUGGUGUUGUGUCCACCAAGGAACCCUUCCAAUGUGUCAUAAACCAGGGAAUCAUCCUUGGAGAAGUACAAUAUAUGGCUUUCCGAGAUUCAGAUGGAAAUUUUAUAUCUGCAGACUCUGCUGAUAUGUUGGGUGAAGCUAAUCAAGAAAGAAUUCCUGAGGAGAAAGUUGUGAAAUCUGGGGAUUCUUUUGUCCUGAAAGACAAUCCAAAAAUUCGUUUGGUUGCUCGUGCUCACAAAAUGAGUAAAAGUAGGGGAAAUGUUGUGAAUCCUGAUGACGUUGUUUCUGAGUAUGGUGCAGAUUCUCUUCGCCUGUAUGAAAUGUUCAUGGGACCUUUAAGGGACUCAAAAACUUGGAAUACUAGUGGUAUUGAAGGUGUUCAUCGAUUUUUAGGAAGAACUUGGAGACUGAUUGCUGGUUCACCUUCACCUGAUGGUACAUUCAGGGAUGGCACAGUGGCAAUUGAUGAAGAACCUACUCUGGAACAACUUCGUUCCCUCCAUAAAUGCAUUGCUAAGGUAACAGACGAAAUUGAAGGGACACGGUUCAACACUGGAAUUUCUGCAAUGAUGGAGUUCAUUAAUGCAGCAUAUAAGUGGGAUAAACAUCCAAGAUCAAUAUUUGAAGCAUUUGUUUUGUUGCUUUCACCAUAUGCGCCUCACAUGGCAGAGGAGCUUUGGUUACGUCUAGGACACUCAACAUCACUCGCAUAUGAACCUUUCCCUAAGGCUGACCCUGCUUACUUAAAGGAUUCGACUAUCGUCUUACCAGUUCAGAUCAAUGGCAAGACAAGGGGUACCAUCCAGGUUGAAGAAGCAUGUACAGAGGAGGAAGCUUUCAAGUUAGCAUCGAAGGAUGAAAAACUCUCAAAAUAUUUGGCUGGGAAGUCAAUCAAAAAGAGAAUUUAUGUCCCUGGCAAGAUCUUGAAUGUUAUAUUGGACCGUGAAAACAUCAAGGUUGGUGCCCGAUAGCCCUCUUCAACUCCUUGUAGGGGUUGGUGAUGCUUAUUCAUUUCAACCUGGAAGAAGCAGCCAUGACUUCACACUUACCCACCAACUUUGUAUCUUGCCCUGCAAUGCAAAUCCUCUAUGACCUUGCAGUAAUGCCUGGAAAUUUAUAUGCGAGCAAUGGGUGUUUGUGCACCAAUUCAUGAAUGUAUGAUCAUAGAUGCAAUCUUGUUGGUUAGGCAGUAGCACCUUUUCAUCCUAUACCGCAGUUGGUUUCUUUUUCCAGCUGAUACAGGUUUGUGGGUGGGUUUUUGGUUGACCUUUGCGAAUCGAUUAAGGUUGUCCACUAAGUUUCUUUGCUGUCAUCCAUGCUUUUGUAAUAUUUUUAAUGGUCAUCAGCCAAACAAGUAUGGAUUCUGUCA